UUUGCCAGACAAAUCACUCAAAAGGGCAAAUGGCCCGCAGAAAAACAAUUUCAGAUAAUGAUGAAUGUCAGUUUGGUCUCUACAGGAGACGACAACCGGUAGAACAUAAUGAAAAUCGUUGUCAUUAUCAAAAACGGCCAACACCUGUGUUUUCUGCAGCAUAUGCAAACAGGCCAAUUAUAUGUACAAAUGUUACUCAACAGCAGGCCAGAGAUUAUGUCCGGUUAGAACAAGAAGAACCACUUCCAUCGCAAAUAAUAACGCCCAGAACAAAUGUUCAAAGAGUAAAGCAAGUAAAAGAUUGCCUGGGUAAAGUGGCUUAUGGAAUGCCAGAGCAUAUGGUUCAGUUUUCAAAGUACUGGGGUGAGCUUGCAGCUCAGUUAAAGAAGAACAGAUCUCCAAGUUCACCACCAAUCUCACAUAACAUGACAGUCGAUUCAGAAGGUGUUAUUUUGAACAAGGCUCUAAGAAUUGACCAUUUGUCAUAUGGACCAAAUGCACAAUACAUGAGAGUAUCACCAAACUGGCAGGCACAAGGUACAAGCGGGAGUAUCAAAGAUGUCGGCUUUGGACAGUAUGGGCGUGUGUUUCAUGUUGUAGACGUUGCAAGCCAAAGAGAAGGGCACAUUUUUGAUUUUGCGGAAAAGAUCAUUCCUUUGGACAGGUUUAAUGAAAAUGAACUUAAUAUUUUAUGCAGUGUUGAUCACAAAAACAUAGUUAAAUGCUAUGGAGGCAUUAAGACUGUCCAUGGCAUUCAUAUCUUAAUGCAGUUUGCCCCAGGGGGAAACAUUGAUCAAUUGCUGCGAGAAAAUUCCAAUGCCGAGCCAGCAGAGGAAACAACAGACAAUAGGCUAAGAAAGGAGUUCUGGGCGCUUGAAUAUUACAAACAAGUAAUGUCUGCCUUGCAAUAUCUUCACACCCACUAUAUUGUGCAUUGUGAUGUAAAAGCCAGCAAUGUAAUGUUAUCAAGUGACCAACGCCGUUGUUUCCUAACGGACUUCGGCGAAACAAUGCGAGUUCCGCAAGGGGAAGAAUAUGUGAAACUAGACAAUGUAGUUGGCACAGAGGCCUACAUGAGUCCUGAAGUCAUUGAGUUUCAAGUUUACAACUUAUUAAGCGACGUAUGGUCAGCUGCAUGCUUCCUAUUAAACAUGAUCACACGUAAACAGCCCUGGUCCAUAUCUUGCCCAAACCUUGGUACUUACAUGUACAUUAUCCCACAAAGGCCUUUCAAAAUUUUGAAAGAAAUCCCGGAUUGGGUGCAGGGAAACACGUUGCGUAUUUUAGAAUCUUCAUUUGUUGAUGUCUCCAAGAGAAUUGCCUCCACUGAGCUUCUUAUGCUCGCUGGUAAAGCAAUCGAAGUUGUUUCGACAGUGUAUCAGUCAUUGGCCAUUCCAUCUUAUGGAGGACAAUCCACAAGCGUUGAAAUUGAAAGUUGUACUUCCUCCAUACCCUAUGAAAGCACUGGUAGUGAAAUAAUUCAAAAUUCAGACUUGGUGGAACAAAUUUCACAGCAGCAGUCAAACCUGGAACAAAUUUCACAGCAGCAGUCAAAUCAACCGAGUUGUGAUGUUGGUUUUACUCCCGAAAGUCCAGAAAAACACAAAGAUCCCUUUAGAGAUGAUCACUCGCUGGAAGAAAAUGACUCCGCACAUACUGAAGUGAACAGCAGUGUUUCCAUAUCCGAAGAGCCUUGCUUUGAGCACAUUGUUCAAGAGGAAUUAGCAGAACCAAUGGUAAACACUGAUAACCGAGUUGACCAACAGCUCUCACCAUCUGAUGAGUUGGAACAAUUGCUUAAUGAACAUUACUGUGAAGAUGAAGAAACUUCAAAUAUAGAUCCGAAUGAUGCAGCAGAAGAACUGGAUAGACUAUUGGCAGAAUCUGAAUUAUUAAACGGAGAUAUUGAGAGUGACUCUGCCUUUAACAACAGAAGCUACUUUUAUCAAACAAACAUUGUUAUUACAAGUGCAUCUUCAAAUACAUCUUGUAAAAGAGUUGUGCCGCCAUGAAAGAACAGACUUCGCAGGGAAAGUGAAUCAUUAAUUUCCUUUUGCUGAUAACGCGAUUUAAAAACGGUGCCGAGGCAAUGCGUUCCACUGUACUUCACAUUCUAUUUUAUGCAGCAAAUUUUAACAGCCAAUAUAUAUGUAAACCCUCGGGUACAUUUGAGGCUAUGCAGUUCAGUACAGUGGCUAAUUUUUCAUUUUUUUACAUCGCCUGUUAGAGUUUUUAUUCUUAUCGUGUAAAGUUUCAGUAAAAAACAUGUUUUUAUUUUUACACUUUGAUGCACUUAUUUUUUCAUCAGCAAAGAAACUUCAAUAAAAUUCCUGAAAAUGCAA